AAAAAUCCUGCGAGCUGCAGAAUGAGGAGAGCACACGGAUACAGCAGGGUUCAUUUGGUUCCAGGCAUAUGUACAGAAACUGAAUGUGGGAAAAAAAAUUCUAGGCAUAUUUCCAAAAUCCUUUCCUCCUGCUUCAGAGCUGAGUGGUUGUCUUCUAGUUUCUCUGUUUCACAAAAAACAGAGAGCCAAAGGAACCAUGGUUUGUCCUGAACAGAAAGUGGUGCUGAUCACCGGCUGCUCUUCUGGCAUCGGCCUGAAGAUGGCUGUGAUGCUGGCCAAGGACAAAAAGAAGCGCUACCAUGUGAUAGCUACGAUGCGUGAUCUGAAACAGAAGGAUAAACUGGUGGAAGCUGCUGGAGACGCACAUGGGAAAACUCUUUCUCUCGCUGUCCUAGAUGUCUGCAGCGAUGAAUCUGUCAAACAGUGCAUUGACGGCAUCAAAGAUAGACACGUGGACAUCCUUAUCAACAACGCAGGGAUCGGUCUGGUGGGUCCGGUUGAGAGCAUUCCCAUUGAGGAGAUGAAAAGGGUUUUUGAGACCAAUUUCUUUGGGGUCAUUCGAAUGAUCAAGGAGGUGAUGCCUGAAAUGAAGAGAAGAAGAGGGGGACACAUCAUCGUGGUCAGUAGUGUGAUGGGUCUACAAGGGGUGGCGUUUAACGAUGUCUAUUCAGCUUCCAAGUUUGCCAUGGAGGGCUUUUGUGAAAGUUUGGCUAUCCAACUUUUUAAGUUCAACGUGACACUGUCAAUGAUUGAACCUGGACCAGUGCACACAGAAUUCGAAGUGAAAAUGAUCCAAGACAUGGGACAGAAGGAAUUUCCCGGCACUGAUCCUGACACCCUACAUUCCUUCAAGGAUCUCUAUCUUCCUACUGCCGUGAACAUCUUUGAAGGCUACGGACAAUCACCCGAGGAGGUGGCAAGAUGCACAAAGAAAGUGAUUGAAUCGAGCAGACCACGUUUUCGUAACCUGACCAACUCGCUGUACUCCCCAAUCGUUGCCCUGAAAUACGCGGAUGAAACCGGAACCCUGUCUAUUCGCACUAUCUACCAUAUGCUUUACAACUUGGGUCCUCUGCUGCAUGUAUGUGCGACUGCCAUGAAGUACCUCACCUGUGGAUGUCUGAGGAGAAGGACAGUUUCCCCGAACUAAAAACUACAUGUGUUACACUGUCGUGUCAAUAGUGAAACUGAAGCAUAUCAUUUCAAGACUAGCUUGUCUUUGCUGUCAGAGGAUCAUAAACAUAUAUUUAAAUAAAGUCAUAACACAUUUCAACA